UGUGUCGAAUACUUAAAAAACAAACCUUGUUAAUUCUAGCGUUUUAUAUUAUUUUAUAGCUGGUCCUUUGGUAUUCUUCUUUGGGAAAUGGCCACCAUGGGAGGUAUACCAUAUCCUACACUGACCAAUUCAGAGCUGUGUAGACUUUUGAAGACUGGUUAUCGCAUGGAAAGGCCUAAUACGUGUUGUGACGAAGUAUAUGAAUUGAUGUGUGAAUGUUGGAGGGAAGAUCCGUCGACUCGUCCCAGUUUCUCGGAGUUGAUUGAGCGACUGGAGGUGAUCAUGACGAGGGAUGUACCAUAUUUUGACUUGAACAGGCAUGAUGAGUCACGCCCCUGCUAUAACGUGCCCUCCUGAAAGCGGAUGAGUUCGUGGAAAUGAAAGUAACAAAAGAAUCCAUGGCUGGUAAAAUACACUGCAGGUUUACUUAGUACCAUGUAAAACUUGGAAUAAAUAUCCUUACAUGUUAUAACUGAGACUAACUUCACAUAGAGCCGUUUUCUUUUAAGUGUUGAAAAGUAAUUGGUUUUGCAUCAACUAUGCUACACCAUUGGCUUAAAGAUCUAGGGCCACUUUUUCAUCCAAUCAGAAGUAAAACCAAAACAAUUGUGACACACUCGCACUCGUUUUCCUGCGCUUUGCGUCAGCUACAUGUUAUUACUUUGAUUGGAUCAUUGGAUUGUCUACGUCCUUCGUGAUUGGCUAAAGGGAUUACUUUGGCUUUGGUUUUACGGCAUUCAAUUGAAAACUGCCCUAAAUUGGUAAAAUCGAUUUAAUGAAAUUACUUCCUAUUACACUGUAACUGAUUCUGCUGUGCUAGUUAUAUACGCUGAAAUCUGAAGAAAGCAACAUUGAAAAAGAAGAGACCAGACAAUAAGAUGGCUACGUUUGAAGUUCUUGGCAUCUAAGAGAAAAUUUAAGGUGCUUUAGAUGGAUUUUAAGAUUGUGAGUUGUAAUUUAAAACAAGAAUUUUAAAUUUUAAAUCCUUCUUGUUAAUUCCAUGAUGCUCGGAUUUUGUUACUACUGUAGUUGUAAAUAUUUGUAUUAAAAAUAACUCAUGAGACCAUCAGCUAGAAAAGGUCUAUAAUUUAGAAUUCUCGGAAUACACGACCACGCGUCGAUAAAAUCGCAGAGGUAAAUAAAGCUAACCUUUAUGCUCACUCGAGAAACAAUACCACUCCUAACCUCUAUUAAGAAAUAGGAAAAUGGAAUGGAAAAAAAAAACUCAAUA